CCCCAAUUAAUUUGCUUAAUUAAAAACUCUUUGGAAAGGGGAGUUUUAGUUCUGCUUUCGCUUAAAAGAGGGAGCACUAAAAAACUAAAACUUCAGCUCUGUGCUGUGAUUUGUUUUUUUUUUUUUUUUGAGAAUGUUGACAUUUACAAACUAACUAUUAAAUGAAAAUUAAAAUAAGCGACCAUUAAUUAUGAUAAAUAAAAUAAUUAUUUUUUGAUUUUUAUCAUUCGCAAAAAACAAUUUAAAUUUUAUUGGUCGCAUCAACGAAUUAGAGGUUAUAGUAAAUUUUAAAAAAAUAAAUAAAAGAAAAAUUGUUAAGACGAAAGUUUAGUUAAAUACUAUAAUUGGAGUAAUUAAUUUAAAUAAAUUAUUAUAAUUAGUGAAAAAAAUUAAUUAUUUAGGAAAAUAACGAAAAAUUAAUUAACGAUGGAAAGUCAAAUGAAAACUUUGAUUGAGUAUCGUGAAGAACUUGCUGAAGAAGAAGAAUGGCUCAAAAAACUGUUAACUCAAAUGCAGGAUCAAAUUGAUCUUCUUCAGAUUGAAAAACUUCAUCUGUCUCAAAUGGUUGAAAAAUCUAAAGAAAAAACUGUAUCACAAAAUGUAAAUAUUAAAUUAUCUCCUGAUAGCCGAUCCAAGCAAUUAAAUCUAGAUGUGCCGAAUUAUAUUCACCCGAAGCAUAAUGUGGAAGAAGAAGAAGAAGAAGAAGAGGAAGAGGAAGAGGAAAAUUAAAUUUAAAUAUGAUAAAAUUAAUGAAAGUUGUUAAUUUUAUAAUUUUAUCGUGUACAUACUUUCUGAUUAUAAAUUAAAGUUAUUUUUUUAUUCAAAUAUCAACAA